AUGUAUGUUUUUCUGCAUUCUUUUAUUCUUUACACAUAUUUCAACAGAACAAAGACUGCGAAAGAUCCUGCAACAGAUAAAGAUACAUUAGAUGAACUGUUAAUUGGAGCAGUAAAAAGAAGGAGAGCACUAUAUGAUUAUAGCACACCUGCUUAUGAAAGAAGCAAUUUACGUAAAAAUGCUUUGUGGACAGAAGUUUCUAACACUCUAGGAGGAGCUCUGACUCCAGAAGAAGCUAAAGCUCGUUGGAAAUAUUUAAGAGACAAUUAUAUGAAAGCUCGUAAAAAAUUUAAAAGUUAUAUUCCCAGUGGAUCGGCAGCCGAAACAACUAAUGAACAAAAGAAACCUAAAUUUAGAUUCUAUGACCUGAUGAAAUUCUUAAAUGACGUUUUCGAUACACGGCAAACCAUCAGUUCAUUGUCAGACGACAUUGCUAAAAAUGCAACAUAUACAAUACCUGAGCAACACGAGAAUGAUAUUGUAGCUUCAUCUUCGGGGUUCACCGAUAUUUCUCUUCAAACGCCGACUAUCCAUGCUUCUUCAUCGAUGCUGACUUCCACUCGUGUACGAACGCCUACACAAACUUCCGUUACUCCGCGGACCUCGACAUCCAACAACGUUCUUUUACAAUCACCAACUCUUAGUGUAACUUCGCGAAUACUGGCCUCAAAUUCGAGAAAAUCUUUGCAAACUGCUGAUUAUGAUUCAGAUGUAUCCCAGCGAAUGCCCGCAGCUAAAAAGCAAAAGAGCGAUGCUUUACAAAUAGCUUUAAUAGAAGCACUGAAAGAACCACCAGCACAGGCUACUGAUCCAUUAGAUGGAUUUUUAGCACGGUUAGGAGAAGGCAUGCGAAGGUUACCGUACCGCGACAGAGCUCGUUUGGAAAUUCAAUUUUUGACCUUACUCGCCGAGAAGGAAGACAUUUAUGCUCAUAAUGAUCCAAAUACAGAACUACCAACGCGCUAUUAAUUAUAUAUUUAAGUAUAUAUUUCGUUGAUAACAUUUUAU